AUGGAGGAAGGUGAGAGGCAGCUGUGGCGGGUCCGAGAGUCGGUGGAUUCUGGCUUGGCUCCCAUAAGCCCGCUUGGCAGUGGUCUCGUCCGGAGACGAUUCUCAGGGACCCCAUUGCUGCCGCCGCUGUCAAGCCGCCUUGGAACCCCUGGAGAGGGUGAGCCCAGUGCCCGUGUGGUGUUCACCAUCGAGGCUCGAGGAACAGAGCAAAGCCACAGUCCAGGCCCCAGCAGCUUUGAUCUGGAAAAUGGACUGUCAUGCGGGAGAAGCACCCUGGACCCUCAGGCCGGGCCUGGCCUUGGCCGGGUCAUCCAGGCGCCUGCUCAGCACGGCCAGAGGCGAGAGUCCUUCCUGUACCGCUCCGACAGCGACUACGACCUCUCACCCAAGGCCAUGUCUCGGAACUCCUCUGUGGCUAGUGAUCUACACGGAGAAGACAUGAUGUCGACGCCUUUUGCCCAGGUGGCCCGCGACCUGAGGGACGGGGCGAGGCGGGGCAAGGGGUGGGUGGGGGCGGGGCCCACGAGUGAGGGAGGCCAUCUGUACCGCAGGCAGGCAUCGGUCGAAAACCCCCUAUUUGGCAGUCAGCCCCCUCCACUUACAGAGGACACUGGGCAGAAGCUGGCUCUGGAGACACUGGACGAGCUGGACUGGUGUCUGGAUCAGCUGGAGACACUGCAGACGCGGCACUCAGUGGGGGAGAUGGCCUCCAACAAGUUCAAGCGGAUGCUGAACCGGGAAUUAACUCACCUGUCUGAAACCAGCCGCUCUGGGAACCAGGUGUCCGAGUACAUCUCCCGAACCUUCCUGGACCAGCAGACUGAGAUGGAGUUGCCCAGGGUGACCCCCACGGAGACCCCAAGGCCCAUGUCCCAGAUCAGCAGCCUGCGUGGGCUCCCCCACAGUGCCGGCCUCUCUGCAGCCACCAUCCCACGCUUUGGGGUCCAGACUGACCAGGAGGGGCAGCUGGCCAAGGAACUGGAAGAUACCAACAAAUGGGGGCUCGACGUGUUCAAGGUGGCAGAGCUAAGUGGGAACCGGCCCCUUACAACCAUCAUGUUCAACAUCUUUCAGGAACGAGACCUGCUCAAGACAUUUCAGAUCCCAGCAGACACACUCGCCACCUACCUUCUGACGUUGGAGAGUCACUACCAUGCCGAUGUGGCCUACCACAACAGCCUACACGCCGCCGACGUGGCUCAGUCCACGCACGUGCUGCUGGCCACACCUGCCCUUGAGGCCGUUUUCACAGACCUGGAAGUCCUGGCUGCUAUCUUCGCAAGCGCCAUCCACGACGUGGACCACCCUGGGGUCUCCAACCAGUUUCUCGUUAACACCAACUCAGAGCUUGCGCUCAUGUACAACGAUGCCUCCGUGCUGGAGAACCACCACCUGGCCGUGGGCUUCAAGCUGCUGCAGGCAGAGAACUGUGACAUCUUCCAGAAUCUCAGUGCCAAGCAGCGGCUGAGUCUGCGCAGGAUGGUCAUCGACAUGGUGCUGGCCACGGACAUGUCCAAACACAUGAACCUCCUGGCCGACCUCAAGACCAUGGUGGAGACCAAGAAGGUGACAAGCCUUGGAGUCCUGCUGUUGGACAACUAUUCUGACCGCAUCCAGGUCUUGCAGAAUCUGGUACACUGUGCCGACCUCAGCAACCCCACCAAGCCGCUGGAGCUGUACCGCCGGUGGACCGACCGCAUCAUGGCCGAGUUCUUCCAGCAGGGCGACCGGGAGCGUGAAUCAGGCCUGGAUAUCAGCCCCAUGUGUGACAAGCACACCGCCUCGGUGGAGAAGUCCCAGGUGGGUUUCAUUGAUUACAUUGCACACCCACUGUGGGAGACGUGGGCUGAUCUCGUGCACCCAGACGCACAGGACCUGUUGGAUACACUGGAGGACAACCGUGAGUGGUACCAGAGCAAGAUCCCCCGCAGUCCUGUGGAUCUCACCCGCCCCGAGCAGGGUGGCCCCGACAGGUUCCAGUUUGAGCUGACUCUGGAGGAGGCAGAAGAAGAGGAGGAGGAGGAGGAGGGACCAACAUUGGACACGGAGGUCUCGGAGUCACCUGACACUGAGCUGCUGGUCCCUGAGGCCAGCCCAGACCCUGGGGCCCUACCCCUGGACAACCAGAGGCCUGUGGGCAAGCCCUGCGUGGACCAUGAGGCCAGUGUGAUGGCUGAGCCCUUCGGGACCUAA